AUGAUUCUCCGGGUGCACGCCGGGGCUCGAGCCGCUGCGAGGGUCCUGUCAAGGGGACCGGGACCUGGACCUGGACAGGGACUGGGACGUAAAGGCUGGACUGUCCUGACAGUAGGAGACCUCUGCCGGUGCUUAUGCACGAGUGCGGUGCUGAGGAAGGACAUUAUCAAAGAUCUGGAGGAGAGGCUGAGCUCCAUCAAGCAGACGGCCCUGGACGCUCUUCCAGGCAGCAGCUGGAGCCCCCUGCAGAUCAACCCCAACCUGCCCCCAGAGAGAGCUGACAUCGUGGUGGUGGGGGGGGGAAUCGUGGGCUGGUCUGUGGCCUACUGGCUGAAGCAGAAGGAGCGGGUGAGGGGGGAGGUCCGGGUGCUGGUGGUGGAGAAGGACCCCACGUACUCGCAGGCCUCCACGGUGCUGUCAGCUGGAGGUAUCAGACAACAGUUCUCUUUAGCAGAGAACAUCCUGCUGUCGCUGCACUCCGCUGACUUCAUGAGGAACAUCAAUGACCAUCUGGGGGUUCUGAACGAGGAGCCCGUGGACCUGCAGUUUAACCAGUCUGGAUACCUGUUCUUGGCCAAUGAAGACGUGGCUCACAUCAUGGAGGAGAACUACAAGACCCAGAGAUAUGCAGGAGCCAAAGUGUCUCUUCUCUCUCCGUCUCAAGUCAAAGAGAAGUUCCCCUGGAUCAACACUGAGGGCGUGGCCCUGGCUUCAUACGGGCUGGAGAACGAGGGCUGGUUUGACCCCUGGACUCUGCUCAGUGCCUUCAGGAGGAAAGCCAUCUCUCUGGGAGUGAUCCCCUGCAGCGGAGAGGUCACAGGUUUCCAGUACAACACCAGCUCUCUGACCAAUCAGGACGGAGACCUGGUCACUCUGCGCCGAAUUCGAUCUGUCAAAUGGUUUGCUGUCAGCGUGGCAAGCUGGUUGGCUGUGGAUAGCCUGCGCGCUGUUAGCUGGGGUAGCCACUGUGGUUAA